AUGGCUACACCUCAUCCUCACAUAGGGCCCGUUGGUCCCGACACCCUUAUCACGGUCAAGGUCAUCAUCGACGGGACAAAUAGAAGAUUCAAACUCGCUCUGCGGGAUCUCGGUGCCAACGUGCUUCCACAAAAGCUCCGUUCCCUGCUCGCCAUUCCGCCGGAGCAAGACGUUCGAUUUGACCGGUUCUCUGAUUCUCAGGCCAGGUACAUCACCCUUGAUAGCAACGAUCCGGCCAUCUACAAGCAGCUCUAUCGGGCGGCGAAAGCGAAGCUCAAGCUACGUUUGAGGGCUACCGUUGAGGGGAAGCCUGCAAGAGACGGCCUCGUCCAAGACGUCGACAUGGCCCAGAGCAAGUUCGCUGUAAAGGACGGUGCCGAUUCCCAGGCUGAGCCGAGGAACAACUUCCUUGAGACUGUUCUGUCCCAACCACUGGGCAACAGUGUAGCACCCUCCUUCAAGGCCUUUCAAAAGACCUGCCAAUUCUCUCCCAAGUGUGCCAUCCCAGGAGCCUUUGAUGUCGACGUCAACACCUCAAGCAUGGACCAGGCCGCUGUCAAUGGUACUCAGGGUAAUCAAAGCGACAUGUUCAGUCUGCCCACUCUUCCUACCAUGAAUGACUUCCCUGCCACCUCUUACACAAUCGACUGCAACCGCUGUGGUCAGUCUGUUUUGAACGAACACUACCACUGCGGCAUAUGCGAAGGCGGUGACUUUGAUCUCUGCAAGGCUUGCGUUGACGCUGGAGUCACUUGUGACGGGGACGAGCACUGGUUGCUUAAGCGAACCGUUCGUAAUGGAAUGGUCAUUCCCAGCACUACCGAGACGCUGGCUCCCAAGAAAUUGUCCAAGGCCGCCGCAGAUUCCUCCAGCGAGUUGACCACACCCAUCAGCCCGGAGCGCGAUGAUACAGAACUCACCUGCAAUUCAUGUAUUUUCCGAUUGUCGGCCGGUGAAUGUGUCACUUGCCAGGAAUGUCCCGAUUAUGACCUUUGCUUGUCCUGUUUUCAGGACGGUCAACACGGGCAUGACCCAUCUCAUACCUUUGAGGCACGAGACUCCGAUAAAGUGAAGUACAAUCUGGACAUCCAAACUCUGUGCCGCCCGGGACGUGGUGUUCGCCAUGACGCCAUUUGUGAUGGCUGUGAACAGGCCAUCUAUGGUGUCCGACACAAAUGUCUGUCUUGCCCAGACUUCGACUAUUGCUCCGCUUGCAUUGGUAUUGCGAGUGCGAAACACCCCUUCCACCGUUUCGUGCCUAUCUACGUGCCUAUCAAGACCCUGCGCACUACAAAGCCACCUCAUCGUGGCAUUUAUUGUGACGGCCCACUUUGCACUUCCUACAAGCGGUACAUCACCGGUGAUCGAUACAAGUGUGCUGUCUGUAACGAUACCGACUUCUGUGCAAACUGCGAGGCUUUGCCUAACAAUGGACAUAAUCCGUCUCAUCCUCUGAUCAAGAUCAAGCUUCCCCUGCGGCACGUCUCGAUUACGACUCAACAAGAGAAUGAGAAUGGCCAAAAGGUUGCUCAGUUGGGUGAUCGACCAACAGCUAAGAAUGCGGCUACUGAGACCACUCAAUCUACCUCAGCCAAUGCUGCGACUCAAGUCCAGACUGUUGCCGAGGUGGAUCCUGUUGAGACCACUCCAAUGGUUGAAGUUGCUAAGGCGAAUGAUGCCACCUCUGUGAAGCCCAUCGCGAGCGAUCUUCAGGCGUGGUACGUUACGGAUUCGACCCCGGACGGCACGAAAGUUGCUCCCAACCAUUUUGUUUCUCAAUCCUGGACAUUGCGCAACCCAGGCCCUGACGCCUGGCCAGCCGGCUGUGCCGUCUACUACAUUGGGGGUGAUGAUAUGCGUAAUCUCGAUAUCCUUCAUCCAUCCAGCAUAAGCGCGAUGACAAUGGCCAACCGCAGCAACGUCUGGGCGGCACCUGUCGAGCCCGGCGAGACGGCUCGCUUUACUGUCCUCCUGAAGUCACCGGCUCGGGAAGGACGGGCCAUUUCUUACUGGCGUCUCAAGACACCAGGCGGCGUUCCAUUUGGCCACAAGCUGUGGGUUGACAUUGAGGUUCGUUCGACUCUUGUUGAGUUGCCUAUCCGCUCGCAUAUCUUGCCUCUUGCCCCUGUGACGGCGAAAUCAGUCAGCGAGCAAGGCGAGGCGGACGACCAGUCGCAGACAAGCUCGACCAUGAUCUUCCCUAAGCUCGAGAAGGAAUCGCCCGUCUCCAGCGUGCAUGAUGUUCGUGAAACACAGGUCGAAGAAGCUCCAGUGGCCGUGAUGGAACCAACCAUUAAGGCAGACGAACACGAACUUCUCGAGGACGUUGAGAGCCUCGAGCUCGAGGAGUCGGACAGUGAUGGCGAAGGAUUUCUGACAGAUGAGGAGUACGAUAUUCUGGACGCCAGCGACGAGGAUUUGUUGAUGGGGGGACCAACACACGUGGGCAAGUGA